AUGGAGGAGGACACUUCACCAACUAGUCAGGAAGCUAGAAAUGAGAUGGCCAGGUUAUGGCGCACAUGGCGUACAGUUCAUGAAAUGCUACGAGACCGGGGCUACGAAAUGUCUGAAGAGGAAGUAAAAAUUGAUUAUCAGGAUUUCGCGAAUAAAUUUGGUGGCGAGCAUGGAUAUCCUAGUCGCGCCAAAAUGACCAUUGCUGCUAUGCCCUCCGAAGCCAUGAAAGCCAAAUAUACCCCACUCAAGAAACGAGUUUCUGAUCCCGACCCUGUACCCGACUGCGGUCCAAUAUACGUUCAAUUCUGCGAGGACACAACCGGUGUAGGGGCCAAGCAAGUGCGAGCAUUCAACCACCUGGUCGACGAAGGAAACUACCACUCCGGCAUAUUCAUCACACGAACAGCCAUUUCACCGUCCGCCAUGCGUCUCCUGAGUAGUGCUGUAGGCCAUAUUUGCGAACACUUCCAAGAAUCAGACUUGUUAGUCAACAUUACACACCACGAACUCGUGCCCAAACAUGUGUUGUUGAGUGCGGAGGAGAAAGCACGAUUGCUGGAACGGUAUCGUCUCAAGGAGUCACAGCUUCCUCGAAUUCAGGUGUCGGACCCAGUUGCGCGCUAUCUCGGUUUGCGGAGGGGCCAGGUUGUCAAGAUUAUCCGAAAGAGUGAAACGGCAGGUCGAUAUGCAAGUUAUCGCUGGGUUAUUUGA